UGGACUUUAAUGUUAUAAACCAUGGCUUUGUCCUUGGGAAAAUGCGCAUGGGUAAAACCCCAAGGUCUGUUCUACAACGUACACCUCAACUAGUCUCGCUGCUUAUCGGUCUCUCUUACCUGCUCAGUGUUUUUCAUACUGGCCCUCGGCUAGCCACCAGACUUAUUCCCGUCCCUGGCGGAAGACAGCACAAUCUCCCCCUCCAGGAUGAGCGUUUCAUCGACCAUGAUUCGUCCAAAUCAUGCGAGACCAUGCCGGUCGCCCGAACCCUCCAGAUGCAACGCAGCGAUUCCAAAGGCCGUCGGUACCGUUAGCGACUCACUCGAGCUGUACAAUCGAACGAGCCUCUUCAGGAACCGGGAAUUGGAUGAUUGUGUAUACUGAAGCUCAAAGGCAGGACGACCCUGGCGGGCAAGGUUGUUGCGCGUCAUGGCAAGAAGUAUCCUAUGACAUGAGUCUUUGGUAGGGCUUUUGAGUGGCCUGGAUAUAUUUUGCGCCCAGGCAGUAUGAUUGGAGGACGCUUUGGUACGAUGUCACAACUUUAGUUGCUGAUGAGCCGCGGUCGCCUGCCUUGG